CGAGGACCAAGGAGGUCCAGCCCCCUCAGAGAGAUGCUGCUGACCUUGGCAAGACCUCAGUCAGAGUCCGAUGGCUAGCACUUUCUUUACCACCAUGCCUGCUACCAACCACGGGUGGCCUGAAGAAUUUGGCUUUAAGAUCAGUGGGAGCGGCCCGUGCUACAUCCUGGCUGUGGAAGAGGGCAGCAGUGCCCAGGUGGCCGGCCUGCAGCCGGGAGACCAGGUCCUGGAGAUCGAAGGCCAGCCCGUCUCCUCCAUGACCGGAGAGGCCCUGGUGGCCUUGGCCAGGCAGUGCAAGAACGUGCCCCCCAGCAUCGGGGUGGUCUCCCGCGUCCAGCAGGUGGACCUCGCGCCGGGCCAGGAGGGGCGCUUCGGCUUCACCCUGGCGUGUGACGGGGGCUGCCCCCUGCAAGUGGAGAGCGUGGCUCCCGCCUCGCCCGCUUCCGAGGGUGGCAUCAAAGCUGGGGACUACGUCCUGGAAGUCAACGGGGUCCCCGUCAAGCUGUACGACGAGGCAGCGGCCAUGAUCCAGGCCUGCCAGGGAGGAGGCCUCCGGCUGGGGCUGCUGCGGCUCGAGAGGCUCCAGAGGUGGGCCAGCAACAGCGUGCGGGAGUUUGUCCAGAGUGCAGACGCCAUCCACCAGGAGCGCCGGCAGAAGGCGCAGGAGUUCAGCAAGAAGGUGCAGGAGCUCCUGGGUGACGAGCCAGAAAUAAAAGAGAAGAUGUUCACGACCCUAAAGCAGUAUGCGGCUGAGAGGAAGGUUGACUACUUGGCUUAUGCCCUCUCCAUGAUUCUCACCAAAGAGUCCCACCAGCUCCUCAUAGACAAUAUCAGGAUCUUCAUCCCCAGGAAACACAGGCAGCGCUUUGACGAAGUGGUGUCCCAGAGCCUGAUCAGCAAGCUGUGCCGGGCCAAGAGAGAGCAGCCUGCCAACCGGCUGAGACGCAGCCGCAGCGAGGACCACCACGAGCGCCUGCUUGUGUCCACCCGGGCCAGCUCGGUCCCACGGAGCCACGAGGAAAACUGCAAGGGCUUGAGGAAGUCCACAUCCCUGGUCGCCAGCAAUGUGGGGUCGGGUGCCGCUCACAGAACUGUUCGGGUCUACAAAGGCAGCAGGAGUUUUGGUUUCACCUUGCGGGGACAUGCCCCCGUGUGGAUCGAGUCUGUCUUGCCUGGGAGCCCGGCGGACAAGGCGUCCCUGAGAGCUGGAGACAGGAUCCUGUUCCUCAAUGGCCUGGACAUGAGGAACUGUUCCCACGAGAAGGUGGUGUCCAUGCUCCAGGGCAGCGGGGCCAUGCCCACUCUUGUGGUUGAAGAAGGCAUCGUCAGCUUCUCAGGGGACGGCGAGUCCUCUGAGGCCCGCAGCUCCUCCUCGGCACUCACCUCCUUGCAGUGGGUCGCAGAGAUCCUGCCCUCCAGCAUCAAGAUCCAGGGGAGGACCUUCCAUCAGCAGCUGGAGCACCUGUUGACGCCGCCUGAACGCUACACCGUCUGCAAAGCGCUGGAGAGCUUCUUCCAGCACAGGAAUAUCGACACCCUGAUUGUGGACGUCUACCCAGUCCUGGACACCCCCUCCAAGCAGGUCAUUUGGCAGUUCAUCUACCAGCUGCUGACCUACGAGGAGCAAGAGCACUGUCAGCAGAAGAUUGCCAGGUUCCUGGGCUACAAGACUGUGGCAGCAGCAGCCGAUCCCGAGGCCAAGGAGCGGCCCCGCAGCUCUGUCCGGGCGGCCCCAGCCUGCAGGGGAAGUGUCGGCACCCACAGCCUUGAGGACGGCGGUGGAGCUGGGGCAGGUCCCAGCGAGGCCGGUGAGGUGCCAGUCCGUUUAGCUCCUGGGGAGAGGCAGGCGGGUGAUGGGACUUCCCUUCCGGAGACGCCCAACCCCCAUAUGAUGUCAGCUGUCUACGCAGAACUGGAAACCCGACUGACCACUGGCUUUCGAGGCAAGCUGGGCAACUUAUCUGUGCACCGGGCAUCACCUCCAGUCCCAGAGCAAGGAAACCCCGCAGGCGCACGGAAGGCGGGGAUGACCAUCUCCUGGCAGAACGCCCUCCCACCUGGCCAGCCGUGCUAUUACCACCCGCCUGGCGGCCUGCCCUCUCCCAGCAGCACGGAGUCCAACCCCUACGUCAGCCUGGACAGCAGCCCCUCCCCCUCCCCCAAGCACGCGGACUACACGCUCAGCCCGCUCUCUCGGAGGAAGAAGCUCUUCACGUUUUCACGCCCACCCCGCAGCCGGGACACGGACCGCUUCCUGGAUGCUCUGAGUGAGCAGCUGGGACACAGGAUCACCAUCGUGGACGAUUUCCUCACCCCUGAGAAUGACUACGAGGAGAUGAGUUUCCAGGAUGACCAGGGCAGCUACGUCACCCACGACAGGAGCAGUGCCAGCGAGGACCUGAGCAGCAGCAGCGAGGGCAGCUCCUUGACCUACUCCACCUUGUCCGACCACAUCCCGCCGCCCCCCAUCAGCCCGCCCCCACCCCCACCCCCACCGCCCUCCCAGGAGCCCAAGGAGGAGCCUCCUCGGAGCAGCGCAGCCCCUGCCAAGAUGCCCUCUUCUCCUGCUCCCCACCCCAACCCCUCCCUCGGCGGCCACCCCCAGCCGGCCCCUCCCCCCCCACCGCCUCCCCCUCCUCCCCCCAUGCCCUGUGGGCCUCCACUGGUGCCUCGGGGCAUCGUCGUCCACCGCAGGAGCGAGUCCAACCACAUGAGCGUCAAGCGCCUGCGCUGGGAGCAGGUGGAGAACUCCGAGGGCACCAUCUGGGGCCAGCUCGGGGAGGACUCGGACUACGACAAGCUGAGCGACAUGGUCAAGUACCUCGACCUGGAGCUGCAUUUUGGAACCCAGAAGCCAGCAAAGCCCUGCCCCUUGCCAGAGUCCUUUAAAAAGAAAGACGUGGUUGAGAUUCUCUCGCACAAGAAGGCCUAUAACACGUCCAUCCUGAUUGCCCACCUCAAGCUCUCGCACAUUGAGCUACGCCAAAUCCUUCUGAGCAUGGAGAGCGGCCGCCUGGAGGCCUCCCACAUCAAGCAGCUGCUGCUCUAUGCGCCGGAUGCAGAGGAGGUGCAGCAGUACCAGAGCUACCAGGGCAGCCCCAGCAAGCUGAGCGAGCCGGACCAGUUUGUCCUGCAGAUGCUUUUGGUCCCUGAAUACAAAACCCGGCUGCGCAGCCUCCACUUCAAGACCACCUUGCAGGAGAAGACUGAAGAGAUCAUGGCCAGCUAUGAGUGCAUCUACAGCGCCUCCCUGGAGCUGAAGAACAGCAAGAAACUGGCAAAGAUCUUGGAGUUCGUGCUGGCCAUGGGCAACUACCUGAACCACGGGCAGCCCAAGACCAACAAAACCACCGGCUUUAAAAUCAACUUCCUCACGGAGCUGAACACAACCAAGACCGUGGACGGGAAAUCCACUUUCCUGCACAUUCUUGCCAAAUCACUGAGCCAACAUUUCCCAGAACUCCUGGGGUUUGCCAAGGACCUGCCCACGGUGCCACAUGCUGCCAAAGUGAAUCACAGGACAUUAACCGCUGACCUCCAUGACCUUCACACCACUGUCAGCGAGAUUGAGAUCGCCUGCCAGAAGAUGGUGGAUUCCUCCGAAGACAGGUUUGCGGCUGUGAUGGACGCCUUCCUGGAGAGCGCCCACCCCACCAUCGCGUCCCUGAGCGACCUUCAGCACAAGGCCAUGGAAGAGUUCGGCAAAGUCCUGUCCUUCUUUGGAGAAGACUCCAAGGUCACCACCUCCGAAGCGUUCUUUGGCAUUUUUGCGGAGUUCAUGAGCAAGUUUGAGCGGGCCUUCAGCGACGUGCAGGCCGGAGAGCCCCCGCACAGCAGCCCCCCCCGGGCGACCCCGCCUCUGGCCUGGUGAGGGGGCGGCUCAGGGCAGCGUUGGGCACUGGUGCUUUCUUGCCAACCAAGUGCAAUUGGACCUGGUCCAGGCUGGCGGUGAAGACAGGGCUGGUGGCCCCUCUGCCUGGAUCAGCCACCGCCGCCGCCGGAGCCCGGAGGGUGAUCUGGGGCUCAGGCAGGGGCUGGAGAAGAGGCCCCUCGGAAGCGUCUCUGGUGCUGGGCCUGAGCGAGCAACUCAGGCAGUGCCCUCGUCUGCAGCAUCCCCCACCAGCCGCCCCCAGUUUCCACGGACUCCACAAGGGACAGAAGCUUUGCUCUCAGGACUGGCAUUCCUGGGGCCCAGCAAACCCCAGAGCUGUGGCUCAAAACGCAGCAAGGCAGACCAACCGCCCCCCUCCCUGUUUGAAGGGCCUUUCUGACGGUUCUGCUGGGAAUUCAGUCCAGGGCCUCCUUUGAGCUCUGCCCACAUCCCUGCCAGAGGCAAGGUACCCCCCAGCCCCACCCCACCGUUUCUCUCCAUGCAACUCCAGAGGAAGCAGCUGCAUUGCGAUCCUGGCCGAAACCACCACGGACUUGCCACCACCCAGUGCAUUGAGUUCCAGCUCUGCCCAUCCCCAGCUGCCAACCGUGGGCGCCUCCUCCAGUGCUUCAAGUGCCAGCUUGUUCCGCCCUUGUGUGAUCCACCCACUCCGGCUUCCCUCGGCAGCCUGUCUCAGUGUGCAGCGGUCGAUGCCACUCUCUGUCCUACAGAACAUCUACCUUUCCCGAGAGCUGCCUUUCACGAUGGGGAGGGUCAUGACGGCUGCCUCCUUUUGCCCGCUUUUGUACCCUGACAAGGCAGCACGGAGGAGGACGCCAACCUCUCUGUGGUCUCCAGCUGGCAUUGUCUGGUGAAGCUUCUCAAAGCCCGAGGAGGAGCUUCCCUUGAGAGCUGUGUCCAUACAUAUGCCCAGACCCCUCUCUCUGUGCUCCCUCCCCCCCCACCCCCCGCACAAUAAAGCUACACCCUCCUUGCAGCAAAGUCUGCUACAGGCAACUUGA